AUGUCCUCAAAGUGCAGCAUCGAAAGCAAUAUCAUUAAUGCCCUUUUGGCUGGCGAUCUCCUGAAAUCGUUCAAACCUCUCCAUGAUCGAGUGCUAGUUGAGCGUGUCGCCGCUGAGACGAAAACGAAGGGCGGAAUAAUGUUGCCCGAGAAAGCGCAGGGCAAGGUGCUCGAGGCGACCGUCAUCGCAGUCGGACCGGGAGCGCGUAAUGAGAAAGGUGAUCUCAUCCCUAUGUGUGUAAAGUCGGGAGACCAUGUGCUUCUACCUGAGUAUGGUGGCACAAAGGUAAUAGUGGAAGAGAAGGAGUAUUCAAUUUUCCGGGAGCAAGACUUGCUCGGCGUUUUCCAUUAG